ACGCAUGUUGUUUAUGCAGUCGCGUCAUAAGCUUUACUCGAACUAGACGUUGUUCGACUUAUCGUCACCUAAAGUCGGAAUUUAAGCGGAAAAUCGUCAAUUUUCCGACGCCUUUUGUGUUGCACAGUGCUUACGGGUUUCCCGGCGCCUUUCGACGACAUUUUCCCGUGCGGGCCGACGGCUGACAUCGAGAAAAUCAGCGAUUUUUUGUCUAAGUGUAGAAACUGAAGCGACUUGGCGCGUGGCGUAUUGUUUUGUUGGUUGCCUACCUGAAGCACGAAAACCUCACAAGGAUGAGUCCCAGUGUUUAUUCUUCAACACGCAUCUUAUUAUCCUCCGCAAAUCCGGAUUUAAGGAUGUUAAACAAACCAGAGCAGAUCAGAAAAGUGAAGAGAGUCCUGUUUGGUCCAGUCGAUCCGAAGGCGACGCAAAAAUUCCUGGAGAAUGAGCUGAAGAAGAUCAGCGURACCAAAUCGGAAAAAUGGAAUUUCGAUUUUAAAACCGAAACUACUUUGGAACCUACCGGGGCGUUUCAUUGGCGGGCCGCCACACCCCGAAAAGAAAACGUUCCAGUUAAGAGGAAAGUUGAGGAGGAGUUCGACAUCUCCAGCCAAUAUUGUGAUUUGGCAGAGGCUGAUUUGGUAAGGCCGAGACCGAUCAAAUCGUCCCCCAGCAGUAAUGAGGAGCACAAAAACCAGCAAAGCAGGAUAACAGAUUUUAUGAAAGCUAUGAAAAGACCGCUGACUUCAUCGGACGUUUCGAAGAAGUCAUCAUCAGAUUGGAACACGGAGGUACCAACGAAAAUACCAAGACUGGAUAUUUCCAGUUAAGUUGCUGAAAAGAUUGGGCAAUCCAGCUUUGCAAGGGAAUCCCAAACAGUCAAACGAAGCCCAUUCGUUGUGAUUCAAUUUCCAAAUACACCAAGGCAGAUUUUUGUAUGUUUGGGUUUCCCGGUAAGUUUUUUACCUUCUUCCACUUGAUACAAAUCAUUGUUGAUCUCCAAAACAAAUUUAUUUUAUUAUUAUUUUUUUAAGUAGAGUAAAAUAUUAAGUUUUUGUUCAAAGAAUUAUUAAAUCGUAUAUUUUAAUUCUAGGAACAGUUGAUUUUCCAGAUAGUCGUUGAAUAAGAGGGCUGCAAAUGAUGCGUCCAUAAUGUCUCAAAUCAAUUCAAAUUGAUUGUAAUUAAUUGUCUGGAAUAUUUAACUGUUCCUACGACAGCCGUAGGUUACUGUACUAUAAAUUUGUUGGUCUUUAGACUUUAAUUAUAUUUAUUUUUCGUGUGAUCUCCCAAAAAUCCUUUUGUUGGUGUUUUUCCCUUCCAUGAAAUGAUAUCUUCUUGUUUCAUUCAAAAUUCUUCAUCAAUCAGCGACGCCGUAAUUGUUUUAAAUCAAUCAAUAGCUUCCACUAAGUCAUCAAAAUAUCCCCCUCAACAUCACAUUAGUACCUAUGAGAGAUUCAAGCCAUAAAAGGAGCGUGUAUAUAAUUUUAAUGUAAAAACUAAAUACGAAACUCUCCCACCCUGUAUAAAGCGUUGUACAUUGAGCACUGAUUUGUUUGGAUUCGUAUUGUUUCGGUGGGGCCACCCAGUAAAAUUGGGUGUUCCAUAUCUGUAUUGUACAGAAAACUUUUAUUCAUCUACAGGGUAGUCGUUGCGCGCCAGCUUCAAGACAUACCGUGCAAUGCUGGCAGUGUACCAGGUGUAAAUAAACAACUUAAGUUGGUGGCAACGAUUUAAGGUAUUUUUGAUUUUUUGAUGAUGCCCAAAACCCAAUUGCUAAAGUUAUUGAGGAUUAAGACAAAAUUAAUAGGGGGUGGAAGAUGGAUUCCGUGCACAAGGAGCAUAUUGCGUCCUUUUUAUUCAGCUCGUGUGGUCAAUUCCAUACAAAAAACAACUUUAUUGUACAAGAUUCAAGUAGUUCACGAGUAAAGUACGAUUAGUCCUUGAGCACAUUGUAGUUAAUUGGUAAUCAAAUUGACUACAUACUUUUUAUACCUGAUGUUUUGCUUUUUAUUUAGAACGUUCUGGCCCAAAGAAAUUGAGUACAAAUUUGACCAUUGUCAAUGAACAUUUUUGCAGAGUUCGGUGGCAUAAUCUGAUCGGGAUUGUGCCAAAAUUAUGGCAGCUUUGCGCCCAGUUGUCUGAAAAAAAAGUUGUCGUUUUGGGAUUAUUUAACAGAUUUCGGCUUUUAAGGGUCUUUUAGUACAGUUAAGGCUACCUUGUUCAUAUAGGGUGAUUUUGGGUAAGACAGCGAGGGUAUUUUUUAAGGAAUUGCCACAACAGUCCGUAUUUUCCAUUUUUCGAGAAGCGGAAGAGUGCGUAGCAUGGAAAAUGCGACUUUAUUGCUAUCUCAAAGUUCAAAAGGAAAAAUACCUACUUUAACGCCGUAAUUAUGAUUAAUAGACAUGUAUAGUUAUUAAAAAAUGCCCUCUUUCGAUUGGUUUGGUAUGUAAACAGACAUAUUGAGCGUGGUUGCAGAUCUCAGUGGUUCUGCAAGUAAUUAAAUUUUAUUAUUAAGGUUUUGUUGUCUGGGCUCGGAAGUUUGGAGGUUUGCCCCCCACAGUUCGCCUGGACGAUGCAAUAUUAAUUAUCAGACAUUUUGAGAUGGAAAACAAUACAUAUAAAUAUAUAAAACGUAACAUCUGUGAUGUAUUAGAUGAUGAUCUCAAAAUAAGAGAAAAUAUAUUAAUAUAUUUUGCAGAGGCUUUUAGUCUGAUCUCAGGAAUGGCGGUUGGCCCCUGCAUGUAAUUCCUCUAACCAAAACCUGAAGUUUUGCAUUCAGGGGCCUGGUCGAAUUGCACUUGUUAAAAAUGCAAGUCAAAAUUGCAGAGGUCAGUUGAAAAGAAUCUUGAUCGAUGAAGAAAUAAUAUUAUUAGAGCUACGAUUUAUAGAUUAAACUAAAUUAAUGUAAAUUUGUUGUAAAAAAUAACAUUUUAGAGUAUAUGUGAAGCUAAUAUUAAAGGCUUCCUUUUGUUAGUGUAAA